CCGCUAUUUCCGAGCGCUGCACCCCAGCCACUUCCCAUUUCCGAACCUCUCUCAGUCUUGAUCCAGCACCCCGAGCUAUACGUGGACUCAGCUUCUAUGUUUCCUUUUCCAGCUCGGAUGCAACAACAUCAUUCAAGCUCCUUCCCCAUCGUCCCACGUUACCAGCCUUGUAUCCCUUCGGAAAACGAAAAGCAGGUUAAUUGGGGCCAACCACCCCAGCAACCUUCACUCUCCACAAUCUCGGUGAGUUGGUGAGACAUUGGCCCCCAUGGGCCACGAUGAACUUGUCUCCUCCGCAAUAUCUGCCCAAUUACGGUCAAGCCCCAGGUCAAGCUUUUCCCCAUCCGUCCCAAGGCAAUUCCAGUCAGUCCCCGCAACGCUUCACAAAUGAUCCCGAGAGGGUUUAUCAUCAAAGGCAUGGCUCGGAUUCGCAUUCACAGGACGCUCAACCUCAUGAAUCCUCAAAUGCUAGACCACCAAUGUCACACACUUCCGACCAAUUAGGGGCAAAGAGAAAACGUUCGGUUUCCUCUAGAGUUUUGAAGAAGGAGGAACGAAAGAAAGUCAGUAGAGCAUGUGACAUCUGCAAGUCGCGUAAACUCCGUUGCACAGGAACCCAGCCAUGCAGUCGAUGUAGCAGCCAAGGCCUUGCCUGCAAGUACAAUGCGCUCCAUAGAAGAGGGAAACCUCCAUCUCCAGAGCCAGCAGAAACUUUUCAGACCUCAAGUCAUGAGUCUGUCAGGUCAACAUCAGCAGUGAGUCCUCAUUUACAACAUGGAAAGGCUUCGGCCCGACCUGCAGCAAAUCGAUCAGAUGAUGUGCCUAUCUCAAACCAGCAAAGAAAGUCCUCGCGAAGUUCUCAGGAGCCCGAGGAAACCCGCUUUGAGGGUCACUAUAUCGGUCCAACAUCCGGGAUCGCCUUCCUCCAUCGAGCACAGAGACGGUUCAAACAGGACUUUGCCGCAACGAUUUCAAGCAAUGUCAACGGGAAAGGCUCCCCGCAAUCAUCGGUCUUCUCUUUCGGAGAUGGCUACUAUCCAAAGUACUCCGCUUCCGACUUGACUUUCCCUCCCAGGCAGCAAGCCAAGCAUCUUGUCGACAGAUACUUUGAUUUCGCUAUGCCGACGUACAGAUUCUUGCAUCGUGCCACCGUGGAAAUCUGGCUGGACCGGAUAUGUGACAAAAAUGAAAACAGGGCGGCCAAUAUACCGCGACUUUCAAACGCAAAAGCUGCUCUGGUUUUGCUGACUCUUGCAACGGCAACUUUGUAUGAAGAAGACGCUACAGGCUCCCUGAUUGAUUCAGAGGCUGAUGAUUGCGAGCAGAGUGGGGUCUACUUUGCGGCAGCUGAACGGAGAAUAGCAGAGGAAACAGGCCCCGUACGGUUAGAAUCAGUCCAGGCGAGGUUGGCACAAUGCAUCUACCUGUUGGGAUCAUCGCGGAUAAAUCAAGCUUGGUACACCUUUGGAACGGCAAGCCAAAUGGCCCUCGCCCUGGGUAUCCACCGGAAGAAAUUCUCCCAAUCUUUUGGAGGUUCGUCAAGCUUGGCUGAGGUUGAGAUGCGAAAACGAGUCUUCUGGAGUGCAUACAUACUUGACAAGUACCUCAGUAUCAUCUUAGGUCGACCCAGAGUUUUUCGAGAUGAGGAUAUCGACCAACAUUUUCCCGAGCGACUCAAUGAGGCUGACUCGACCUCCGACUCAUCAAAACCGAAGGCCGCGCAGAGUCAGUGUGUUUCGGACGGACCAGUAUUCCAUGCAAAAUUGGCCAGAAUUGUUGGGAAAAUAUCCAGCGAUCUUUACCCCACGAACAAUAUUCCAAAUACCGACUGGAUGGAAACCGCACAGCAAAUCACUGCAGAGUUGAAAGCCUGGAAAGGAUCUCUCCCGCCAUUCCUAGAACCCGACAAGGUAGAUCCUGCCAUGUUGAUACCUAUCUUUCAACGCCAAAGCACUGUGUUGAGAUUAGCAUACCUCAAUGCCCUAAUACUUGCAAAUCCUCCAUCUCUCCUCAGCAGCUUUGCAGAUUUAAAUCGAUCCCAAAACGCUCCUUCUGGCAAGCUAGAAUCUAGCCUCAAAGAAUGCAUUGAUGCCGCGUCCGCGGUGGUGGAAACUGUCAAUGGGUUCAUUUAGCAAAGCAGGAUGCGGAAACCGUUUUGGUUCACUCAUUAUAUUUCUUUUUGUGCUAUUUCUACCCUUUACGUCUAUGCUAUCCAGCAAAGUCAACCCGGCGAGCAGCCAGAGCGGUCCAACAAUGGAACGAGCCCUCAUCUACAGCAGUUCGAAGCAGCGGAAAGAUGCCAAGGAAAUAUCUAUGCAACUACUGCCCCAAGUUCGCCCUUCAGAAGAUACAACAUUAUCUUAGAUGAGUUGAAGAAAGAAGUUCUCCUCCGCCUGGACGGAGCUACGCCGCCGUCAAACAGCACGCUUAGCAAACCCGAGGUUAUGGUCCAGGAACAAGCGGAGCCCAGAGCACCCUAUUUAAUGGAUU